AAGAAAAUGGCUACCAAACGGGGCCCUAGUAUUUUUCUUGGCUUCUCUUGUUGUUUCUGGCAUUCUUCCACCUAUUUGAGCAUUGUUUAGAGAUAAAAAAAUCAUGGCUCAAAGUUUGUCUAACAUUAAAGAGGUCCCGCAACCAAUUUCUGUUGUCCUUGAUGGCUCAAACUACAACGCAUGGUCUAAUGCUGUGCGUAUGUGGCUCCGUGGACAUCGUCUCUGGGGAUUUGUUACUGGUUCUAAGCACAAACCUGAAAAAGGAGAAAUGGAGGACCAAAAGAAAUUUGACAAUCGUCUUGCCCUUUGGGAAAGUGCGCAUUUCAGAAUCAUUUCGUGGUUCUCCAAUACAUGUUUGGUCUCCAUUGGCAACACUUUUGGAAGGCUUGAUAAUGCUAAAGAUGUGUGGAAUCUACUGGCGCAAAGGUACAACUCAGCUAAUCUUGCUCAACAGUAACAGUUCGCUACACAACUUCAUCAAAUGCGAAGGAAAUAGGUUAGUCUACUACGGAUUUCUUUUCUCAGAUGAAUUACCUCUGGGAUCAACUUUCGAGCCAGAACUGACUGCCCUUGGUGAUGUGAAGAAGUUUGUGACCUAUCGUGAUGAUAUUGUGCUGAGCAAGCUAAUCUCGGAGGAGAUUCGAUUUUCUACUAGGAAGCUGCCUAUUUCAGAGCCCGUUUGGCUGCUCCUUCUGCUCCCUAAGUCAGGACAUAUUGGUCAUACUGCCCUAAGUCAGGGCAUAUUGGUCAUACUGCCCUAAGUCAGGGCAUAUUGGUCAUACUGUCCAGUGCUAUUUUUGUAAGAAGUGGGGUCAUAAAGCCAACGAGUGCCGAAAAUGCCUCCAGAAGACUGCUACUACAGCUCACACAGAAUCUUCAGAGAGUUUAUCCAUGGUCCCGUCUGUUCCACUGCAUCUCUCUCUCCAGCUGAGGUUGAAGCCCUUAUACUUCAGGUUCUACCUAAGGCUAACCUCUCUCCUGCUCUAUCCACCACCCUCUCAGGUAACCGUUCUUGGUAUCUUGACUUUGCCUGUUGUCAUGACUUCAGAUUCAUCUCUUUUCACUUCUACAACUGAAUUACCUCAUCCACCCACUAUUUACGCCAUCGAUGGUUCUCAUUUGCAUGUCAGUCAUAGUGGUUCAAUCUCUACUCCUCAGACGUUUGUCACUGAUACAAUUUUUGUUCCAAAAUUGUCUUUAAUCUAGUUAUCUGUUGGACAACUCUGCAAUCUAGGCCUGGAGUUACUUUUUACUCAUCGUGGUGUUGUGGUGCAGGAUCCGCAGAUGGGUCAGGUCGUUGGGACUUCCCAUAAGGUUGGUCACCUGUUUGAGCUCACUUCACUGCAUCUGCCGGUCAACAUGUCUACUGCAACUUCCUUUCAUACUCCGCCCUCUACUCUCAGAACUUGGCAUUAUCACCUUGGUCAUGUCUCCAUAUCUCGUCUACGUUCUUUAAUUUCUAGUAGUCAUUUAGGUUCGAUAAAACAAGAAUCUUUAGAUUGUAUAUCUUGUCAACUUAGAAAACUGUCCCAUUUAACUUUUAAUGAUAGUGAUUCUACUUCUUCAACACCUUUUGACUUGGUUCAUUUUGAUGUUUGCGGCCCUACUCCUACUCCUACUCCUACUAUAGGGGAUCAUGUUUGUUGGGUUUUUUAUACCCAAUAAAUCCCGGAUUAUGAUGUUAACGUGGAUUGAUUAUUUUAUACGCAUAGGUCUAUGAAUGAAAUAAGUCCAACAACCAAGUCGAUAAACUCCACCCGGCACAAUCGUAUUCCUUAUUGGAUGGCUUGAAUCUUAGCCCAUUUAAAUCUAUUAGAAGUCCAACUUAAAGCCUAACUCUAGACCACAUCUAAAGCAAUAACCCUAGCCACUUUUUAGUAUGAUUGGUAUGGUUUGUGA